AUUGAGAUCAUUGAAAAUGAAGACAUCGAUGACUUGGACCGCAGCAGCGAUGAUGAAGAAGACGGCGACGCUAUUGGCGGCGAUUUAGUGGACGACUCCAUCCAUGGAUUCAACGGCCAUAAGAAGGCUGUUCUCAGUUGUGCUCUGAGUAGUGACCGGAGGUAUGCCGUGAGUGGCGGCGAAGACGACACGGCGUAUGUCUGGCGGACCGAUGACUCCGGUGUUGCCUUUGAGACGAGUGGACACAAAGAGUCGGUGGUUUGCGUGGCUUUUAAUGGUAACGACUCAUACGUGUCCACCGCUGACAUGAAUGGAUUGAUUCAAAUUUGGACAAUAAAUGGAGAGAAAGUGUUUGACUUUGAAGUCGACGAAAUCAAUUGGAUGUCAUGGCAUCCGAUGGCCAACAACGUGCUGAUGGCCGGAACCGCUACCGGAGACGCCUGGAUGUGGAAACUGAAUACAAACCUCACUUCUGAUUGCAAAACAUUUCAAAGUUUUGGUAAAUCUAAUUGUGUGGCCAAAUGUCUGUCCGAUGGGAAGCGCAUUGCAAUGGGUUAUGACGACGGAGUGGUCCGCGUAUGGGAUCUUAAGAAUGUGUCCGUAAUUCACACCAUUAAUGACUUUAGCGCACAUAAGGGAACCGUUACGGCUCUCGACUGUACGGCUGACAGCUCUUUGAUCGCUUCGGGUUCUUUGGACUCGACCGCCAAACUGGUGAACAGUCAGACGGGGAAAGUUGUGGCGACCUUUCAGUGCUCUAACGGGUCGGCCGACACCGAAGACGAGGGCAACGAUUCGGUGGAAAGCGUUGGCUUGAAUUCGACGCUCUCUGUGUUGGCCACGGGAACCGUUGAGGGAUCGGUCGAUAUAUGGGAUAUGUCUACACAAAUCAAACGCCACUCAUGUAAACACGAAUCGGGCAUUUCUAAGCUGUUAUGGGAUCACAACAGCCCUCACGUGUUAUAUACGGCCGGUUUGGACGGUGUGCUCAACGUAUACGACACCCGAAGCGGUGAACAAAUCGGUGCCAAAAGAGGUCAUUCCAACCAUAUUCUCGAUUUGACGAUCUCUAAGGACUCGACCAUUGCAUUGACCGCUUCCGAAGACAAUACAUGCAAAAUAUUUUCUCUUUUGUAA